UCGUUUGGUCCACUAGUUUAAGUGGGUAUAUAAAGGCAUGUAAUGUGAACCAACGUUUUCCAAUUGUUAGCUCUUUUCUUAAACUUCCCAACUCUAACAUGGAUACUUUUUUUUAUUCAUCCAUGUCAUCAUACCAAUCUCAAUACUAUUCUUCUUACUACAACCACCCACAACCAAAUCCGGCAGAGUCGGAUUCUUCCUCCUCUGCCGGAUCAUCAGAAUCGUUUCCUUGGGACGAAUUUUGGACCAAUUAUAACUCCAUUUCAAUACCCCAAUUACCCAUUAAUAUAAACGAUUCCGAUGAAAUAGCACUUUUUAACAUGUUAUCAGAGCAGGAUAUGCAGAAGGAAAGCAAAGUCGUAACAAAUCUUGCUUCCUCUGCAUCAAAUUACUCCUCUUCCACGUCAGAAAGCGGGAAGAGGAAUUAUAGAGGGGUCAAAACUGACCCCACUUCCCCUCCAUCAGCUAACUCCUCUUCCACGUCUAAAAGCGGGAACAGGAGUUACAGAGGGGUCAGAAGACGGCCAUGGGGUAAAUUUGCGGCCGAAAUCCGUGACUCGACUCGAAAUGGGGUUCGAGUUUGGAUAGGGACCUUCGACAGCGCAGAAGAUGCCGCCUUAGCUUAUGAUCAGGCGGCGUUCGCAAUGCGAGGUUCCAUGGCUGUGCUUAAUUUCCCUAUGGAAGUAGUAAGAAAUUCAUUAAAGGAAAUGAAGAAAGAACAAGAAGACAUACAAGAAGCUGAUGAAGGUUGCUCUGCUUCCCCUGUUAUUGCAUUGAAAAGAAAACAUUUGAUGAGAAGAAAAUCAAUGGGUAAUGGCAGAAAAAGAGAUAGAAAACAGAAGAAUCAAUCAAAUUUUUCUUCAGAAAAUACAGUGAUUUUUGAAGAUUUAGGUAAUGAUUAUUUAGAACAAUUAUUAAAUUGUUCUUGAAAAAAAAAACAGGGGAGAAAAAACAGAGUAUCAAUUUUGGAUCCUCUUUUUCCCUAAAAACAGGGGAAUUAUAAAUAAUUAAAGUAAUUUUCUAAAUUUUUAUAUUUUAUUUAUCAUCAUAACUUUUUUUUUAUCAUUAUUAUUUUUUGGGUUUUUAAUGAAGGGUGUUUACUCUUUGUGAUUAGUUUAUUCCCUUGGUCUCUUUUGUAAAUAUAGAUUAAAAAUGUGUGCUACGUUAUGUGUAAUGUAAUUUAUAUUCAAAGUUAUCAAUGUAUAUUUUUUUAGUUUUAUAAAUAAA